GGCUUAAGCUGCUAAAUUUUAACAUGGUUUCAAAGUUUCGGUCUGAUGGAUAUGGUGGAGUCGCCAUUGCUGUCAGAAACAAUAUUAAAUUCAAAAUAAUACAUUUUCAUUCAACAGCAGACAUUUAUGUGAUAACUACGACUAACUUGCAACCAAAUUUUAUUUUUGUUUCGGUAUAUUUUGCACCUAGAAUUUCGACACAAACCUUUAAAGAUGAAAUUGACAAUUUAUUUACUGUCUGUGAACGACAAAACAAUGUGAUUAUUGGAGGUGAUUUCAACGCUCGUGCUGAAAUUUUUGGAGACGAGCUCACUAGUGCAAAGGGAAAAAUUCUGGUUGAUGCUUUGAAUGCAUCCUCCUUUCAUUGUUUAAAUAACAAAAGUUUUACCUUUUAUCAAAAUCAAGGAGCAGCUCACAAUCAAAACGGCAGUGUUUUAGAUCUUUCCUUUGUAAAUGCGUGUAGCUCAAACUUUUCCUGGAAUACACUUAAUGUGUACCUUGGAAAAAGUCAUCAUAAGCCUAUUUUAAUUGAAAUUCUAAAUGUACAAACAAGAAUGCAUACUUUUGUUGCCAGAAAGAAAUUACUGUCCAACCUUGGAAGUGCUGAAUUAACUCCUGAUUUCCCAUAAAUUGAAAAAACGUUUCAGAACAAUAUCAAGGCUGUCACCUACAAAUGUUCGUCAAAUAGAACUCCCAAAAAAUGGUGGACGGAUGAGCUUACUGCAUGCUUCCGGAGGAUGCAAGCAGCUAGACAGAAACCAAAUAGAUUUUGUAACCUGAACAAUAUUCAAGCUUUUAAGGACGCUCUCUUUUUGUGGAAAGAUAUGGUUAAAAAGGCUAAGGCUGAAAAUUAUAAAAAGCAUUUAGAUGAACUCAGCAACGUUCCCAAUACUAAGGAAUUUUGGAAGGGUAUUAAUGCAAUUAGGGGAGCUACAAAACCAAACUCUUCGUUGUGGGAAUGGGACUCGUCACGCAAUUUGGACUAUCUAAGAUUUUUAAAAGGACAAGUUAAUUCAAAUGUUUUUCUUUUUGCUCCGAUGCCUGCAGUCAGUCUAUCUAAGACACCCUUCACUUUGGAUGAAUUAUUAUUGGCUCUUAACAGCAAAUCUAAGGCAACAGCGGCUGGAUGUGAUGGCAUUAAAUAUGACAUGUUUAAAGCUCUUAGUCCAAAUGGUUUCCAAAAGGUUUUGGUGGCCAUGAACAAAUGCUGGCAAUCUAAUACAGUCUUAAAUUCUUGGAUAUUUAUCAAAAUUGUACCUUUGUUAAAAAAAGCAAGGACCCUACUUGUAUACAAAGUUUCCCCGAUUUCCUUAAUUUCCGUUUCUGUUAAAAUUAUAAAUUUAAUGGUCAAGAAUCGUCUUGUUGAUUUUGUGAAUAGGAAUUCCCUUUUGCCUCUUCGGUCUUUGGCCUAUCAGAAAAACAAAUCAGUUGGCAUGAGUCUGAAUGAAAUGACUCACCUGUAGUGCAAUUCACUAACUUUUAACGAUACGAUUUGUCGAGGUCUAAUAUAACGAUUUUUGUAAGUAACGAUUGUGUUAUUCGGUAACUCUUUUUUAACGACACUAAACAGCUGACAUUUUCUUUAUAUUCCAAUAAAAGAAUGGUGGCAUCUCAGCUUAACGAAACGUCAAAAAAUGCGAAAAGCAGAAAGAAAAACGACGAAAAACAAAUUAAUUCCUUGCUUGCAAAGUGGUAUACACAUAGUUUUCUGAAUAUUUUAAUAUACUUUUAAAAAAUUAAGUAAAAUAAAACGUUUAUUUAUUUUGUAUUAUUAGACAUAACCAUUUUCGCAUAUUAUAGAAUGGCUUUGUCAGUACCCAGUGUUCAAAAGAGAAGCCGGACCACAGCAGAACAACUAAGUCGCAUGGUGGACUUUUUGGCAGAAACGCCGGGAUUGGCAGGAUCAAGGUUCCAGAAGCUUCAUGGCAAGUCGGACUGCGACAAGAAGUGGAGUGAGCUAGCGUCAAUGCUGAAUAGCCUUGGUGGUUCGGUGAAGAACGUCGACCAAUGGCGCACAGUAUGGAGGGAUUUGAAGAGCCGUACUAGUAUUAAGGUGCGUGAUAGAAAACGAAAGCAGGCAAUGACGGGAAACAAUCCCAUUAAUGAAGAGCCACCCACUGAGCUAGAGAGGCGUGUGAUUGCCCUUGUCGGUAGCGACUAUGUGCAGGGCCAUGAAACUGUGUCUGAAAGUGUGCCAGUGGAAGUCAUUAGGAACUCCAACUUCGUAUGGAAGAGAGUGAUGAAAGUGUCAUCAUCGAGAUGUCAUCCCACGAAGUGAGCAUUGAGAUGUGCACAUCGACUCCUG